UCCAAACACGAGGAAGGAGUGAAUCACAGCCCGCAAGGAGGGGUUUAGCCAAACACUUCUCAAUAUCUGCAGAGGCGCAGCUUUCGCAAUUUACUCAACUCACUGCACGCACAAUUCGGCACAGGUUAGUGUACCAGAAAAAAAGUGCAGGUUUAAACUAUAUUCUUACAGUUCUCAAUGGAAAUUAGAAUAUAAUUCGUUUUUCAGUAGAAACACCGAGAGAAAAAACUUUUAAUUUGUGCGGUUCACAGUAUCAGUUACCCGAAAACUAAACAAAGUUCCGGAAAGAGAGAAAGUGCGAAUCACAGCAGAAGUUUAUUUCUCAUCAGCGGGCGCAGAUGGCUGCUUUGAUUAGUGCCUACUCCUCGUGGCCGGAGAGCUUCGAAUGCUCCACGGGAGACGCGGACCUGCCGGACGGACACCCCACGCACAGACCCUCCGGGGACAAAGGCUCUGAGCCGCGCAUCAGAAGACCCAUGAACGCCUUCAUGGUUUGGGCUAAAGAUGAGCGAAAACGACUUGCCGUGCAGAACCCAGACCUCCACAAUGCGGAGCUGAGCAAAAUGUUAGGGAAGUCGUGGAAGGCUCUGACGCCCCCACAGAAACGGCCCUACGUGGAGGAGGCCGAGAGGCUCCGGGUGCAGCACAUGCAGGACUACCCCAACUACAAGUACCGCCCGCGCCGGAAGAAGCAGCUCAAACGCAUCUGCAAGCGCGUGGACCCGGGCUUCCUGCUGAACGGCCUGGCCCCGGAUCAGAACGCCCUGCCGGACGCCCGCGGCUGCUGCCACGCCCUGGAGAGGGACGAGGAGGGCGGCUACUCGCCCGGCGCCGGCCUGCCCGCCAUCCGCACCUUCCGGGACUCUGCUGGCUCCAGCAGCAGCAGCUUCGACACCUACCCCUAUGGCCUCCCCACUCCCCCCGAGAUGUCCCCCCUGGACGCUAUGGAUCACGACCCCCCCACUUCCUUCUACUCUUCCUCGCCGCCCUCUUCUUCGUGCCCCAAGCCCCACAUGAGCAGCCCGCCCCCCUACCACCCUGACUUCUCCCAGAGUAACCUCCACUGUGGCGGGCCACACCCUUCCCACAUGCCCAUGUCCCAGAGCAGCGGCACGCUGAUAUCCGGCCCCCCUCCCACCUACUACAGCCCGUCCUUUCCCCCGCUCCACCACGGGCUGCACAGUCACCUGGGUCAGCUGUCCCCGCCGCCCGAGCACGGCAACCUGGAGACCCUGGACCAGCUGAGCCAGGCCGAGCUCCUGGGAGAAGUGGACAGGAACGAGUUUGACCAGUACCUGAACUCCGGCGGGCACCCCGAGCCAGGCGGCAUGACCAUCACGGGACACAUCCAGGUGACGCCGGCCGUCUGCCCCAGCACCAGCGCCUCCGAAACCAGCCUCAUCUCCGUGCUGGCCGACGCCACGGCCGCCUACUACAACAACUACAGCAUCUCCUAAACACCACCGCGCCUACAGCCGCCCUCCCAGACAUGGUUAUGAGUGGGCUUUUUAAGAGCAAAAGCAUAGCAAUAUCACUGAUGAGGGAGAAAGAGAGAGAGAGCCAGAGAGGGACUGUUAAUGGACACCUCAGGGAUGAACGGACAAAAUACUGAAGCUUCUGUCUCUGUCUCUGAAAAGUGAAGCGAUGGACAAGUUGUCUUGUUUUAAAAAGUUUUUAUUUGUACCGUUCGGCAUGUACAGAUACUUUUAAGCCUAUUUAAAUAUUUUCAUGUACCAUAUAAUAGCGAUUGUUUAUUUCCUUUUGCUGUUCAGAUGUGUAUGUCCCACCUUUUUUGUCGCUACACUGGGAGUUUUACCUCAACAGUUUUGUUUUUAAAUGACGCUGGACUCUUCUUAUGCAAUCUCCCAAACGAAAUGUCUGGAAGUGUCCAUACCAGAUUCACAGUGGUGUAUUAUGAAGAAAAUAUUUUAUAUCAUUUUUCUUUUAACUGUCCUCUUAAUAUGUACUCAUAUUAGUAUUGAUGAGAGUAAUAAUAAUGAUAAUUAUAAUGAUAAAUAUUGUAUGCUGAUUUAGGUUUGUGAAAUUAAAUUAAUUUAAAUACAAAUACAACAUUUCUAUAGAGUAAUCUGAGAAAUAAUUAUGCCCACGCACAUCCUUGAACACACAGAAUAACAUCCAUGAAUGUUAGAAGAUUGCAGAUGAUUAUAAUUUAAAUAUGAUGUCAUUAUGUAUGUGUCAUGCAAUAAGCUGCAACCGUCUGCAAACGGAUGACAAAAACGUGUGUAAACACGAUGUCACAAUGCUAAUAUUCCAAAUAAUAUUCUGUAAUUUGAUCAAACAGAUGAAAAUGUAUUAUAGAUGCUCUUUCUAUUCUGUGAGACCUGGUCGGGGAAAUAAAGCUAUUAAAUAAACACACUAUUCAAAUAUAACAAGGGAACUACUGUUUUUGAGUUUCCGGCCUUUAUCGGACCUUUGUUUAGAGUGCAAAUAAAUGCAUUUACAGUGUUAAUACAUGGCAAAUAGAGGGAGGCCAUGACAGGUUUACUCCUUACAACCACAACGUUUAUUUUAUAAUAUGUAUGUCAGAUAAAUAAA